GGCUGGAGUCUCAAGUCUCUUAAUCUGGAAGGGACAGACGACGUGAUGUCUCCUGCUGCACGCCUGGUGCUUCUCACCUGCCUGAUUUCACCUCUUUACGGAGUGGAAAAGGUGAGAAACCGAGGGUAUCGAAAGGAUGCUGAGUUUGACAAGUAUGGCAGCUGCCUUCAGGGGACCCCUGGUGUCCCUGGCAGAGAGGGCAACCCUGGAAGCAAUGGCAUCCCUGGGACCCCGGGCAUCCCAGGGCGUGAUGGUGCGAAGGGGGAGAAAGGCGAAUGUGUGAGUGAGAUCUUCGAGGAGCCCUGGAGACCAAACUACAAACAGUGCGCCUGGAACUCGCUCAACUAUGGAAUCGACCUGGGAAAGAUAGCUGACUGCACAUUCACCAAGCUACGUUCAGACAGCGCUCUCAGGGUGCUCUUCAGUGGUUCCCUUAGGCUCAAAUGUAAGAACGCCUGCUGCCAGAGGUGGUACUUCACUUUCAACGGGGCGGAGUGCACCGGGCCUCUACCCAUUGAGUCCAUCAUCUACCUGGACCAAGGCAGCCCGGAGCUCAACUCAACCAUCAACAUACACAGAACUUCAUCAGUGGAGGGGAUGUGUGAGGGCAUCAAAGCAGGGUUGGUGGACGUGGCUAUUUGGGUGGGGACCUGCGCCGACUACCCCAGAGGUGACGCAUCCACUGGAUGGAACUCAGUAUCCAGGAUUAUCAUAGAGGAACUGCCUAAAUAAAGAACCUCGCCAAGAGGAGGGACCGGUCACGGGGCGCAGUGUGUCAUCUGGCCACCCGAAAUGAUAAGGUCUGGUUGGGUGAAGUAUAACAAGUGUCAAUGAGUUAACUUGAAUGUCUUCUUUUGAUUUUAUAGUGGCUGACAGGCUGGUAAACAAGAGGUACUGUAUUGUUUUAU